UCUGAAUUCUCCUCCACGCAAGCAAUGGCAUUUGCUAGUUGCUGCCACCGUCUCCUCUUUUACACUGGCGAAUGUCGGUUUUCGCUUAAACCCUAGCAAAGCAACCGGCCAACCAGGGGUUUAUGCUCAUUCCCGCCGAUCCUCGACUCCUUGGACCUCUCUCUCUUUCCGCCGAUGAGUUUAAUUCCAACUCCCUUAUCUGCCCCUACUAAUCAGUUCUGCAGUCAAUAGCUCCGGAUUUUAGGCAAUACAUAGAUGUCGGCGUCGAGAUUGUCCUCGUCCGCGGCGGUGGCCGCAGCAGUGGCCGCUGCGGCUUCCGUCUCAACGUUCCAUAACAAAGCUUACGCUGAUGGUUCCUGGUUCAACCCCUUCAAGUCUUCUUCUUCCUCUCCUACUCCGAAGCAACAACCAGAGCAACCGCCCGAUGUGAACUCAGAAGUGAAGCAACCCGAACCGGAUGAUCCCAAGGGAGCUGGAUUCGAUCCCGAUGCACUGGAACGAGGCGCCAAGGCUCUUCGAGAAAUCAACAGUUCACUUUUAGCAAAGCAGGUUUUCGAUCUUAUGAGGAGACAGGAACAAACUCGGUUAGAAGAAUUGGCGGCUGAGAAAGUUAGUUAUGAAGCAAUUCAGGCUCAAAAGGACAUAGACAGGCAGAGAAAAUUGGCUGAAGAGCAAUUAAACCUAGUGCAACAACAAGCGCAAGCAAAAGCUCAGAUGAUGCGGUACGAGGAUGAAUUGGCCAGGAAAAGGAUGCAGUCUUUGCAGACAGAUCAUGAAACCCAGAGGAAACAUAAUGUAGAGUUGGUCAGGAUGCAAGAAGAGUCUAGCAUAAGAAAAGAACGAGCAAGACAGGCAACUGAGGAGCAGAUCCAGGCUCAGCAGCGCCAGACUGAAAAAGAAAGAGCUGAAAUAGAACGAGAAACCAUAAGAGUUAAGGCCAUGGCUGAGGCUGAAGGCCGAGCCCAUGAGGCAAAAUUGACGGAGGACCAUAAUAGGAGAAUGCUUGUUGAAAAGAUAAAUGGUGAACGUGAGAAAUGGCUUGCUGCAAUCAAUACAGCCUUCAGUCACAUAGAAGGUGGUUUCAGGACAUUGUUGGAUGAUAGAAAUAAGUUGAUAAUGACAGUUGGAGGAGCUACUGCAUUGGCUGCAGGAAUUUAUACAACCAGAGAAGGAGCUCGGGUAACAUGGGGUUACAUCAACAGAAUUCUUGGGCAGCCAUCUUUGAUUCGUGAAUCAUCCAUGUCUCGAUUUCCAUUGUCAAAGUUAGCCACCGACGCAAAGAACAAAAUCAGCAGAUUUGGUACUGCACCAGGGUCAUCGGCACCACUGGAAGGUAGAAGUGGGUUCAAGGAUAUAAUCCUUCACCCUUCAUUGCAAAAGAGGAUCGAGCAACUCUCUAGGGCUACUGCUAACACCAAAAGUCAUCAGGCACCGUUCCGCAAUAUGAUGUUUUAUGGGCCUCCGGGCACUGGUAAAACAAUGGUUGCCAGGGAUAUAGCUCGGAAAUCGGGUUUGGACUAUGCGAUGAUGACUGGAGGAGAUGUAGCGCCCCUUGGAGCAGAAGCUGUUACCAAAAUCCAUCAGUUGUUCGACUGGGCUAAGAAGUCGCAGAAAGGACUUUUACUUUUUAUUGAUGAGGCUGAUGCUUUCCUCAGCGAGCGUAACAGCACCCAUAUGAGUGAAGCUCAGCGGAGUGCACUAAACGCAUUGCUAUUCCGAACCGGGGAUCAGUCAAGAGACAUAGUUCUCGUUCUGGCGACAAACAGGCCAGGCGAUCUCGAUAGUGCGGUUGCUGAUCGUAUCGAUGAAGUGAUUGAAUUCCCUCUUCCUGGGGAGGACGAACGGUUUAAAUUGCUCAACCUUUACUUGAAGAAGUACCUAUCAAAUGAGGGGGGAAAUGGAGAAGAACCCAAAUGGAGUGGUUUCUUCAAGAAGAAACCACAACAGAUAACAGUAAAGGACGUGACUGAGGAAGUGUUGAGAGAGGCGGCAAAGAAGACGGAAGGCUUUUCCGGGCGUGAGAUAGCGAAGCUAAUGGCCAGCGUUCAGGCGGCGGUGUAUGGUAGACCUGACUGUCUGUUGGAUUCUGAGCUGUUGAGGGAGGUUGUGGAUUAUAAGGUUAAAGAGCAUCACCAGAGAAUCAAGCUAGCAUCUGAAGGUGGUCAGCCUCAGCCAUCCUAAGCGCCGGCGGAGAAUUCAAUCUUUCCGAGACUUUGAUGAUCUGCAGGGAUUCGUUCUACUAUGGUCUAGGACCAUGGUCGUGAGAGAGGGCAAGGUUUUUGCUGAAACUAUGUAUUUUAUUAUCACUCCCUUAGUUUCUUGAUUUUACUCGCCCAAUGAUAAUGUUAGAAAUUGCUUUAGAUAUGAAAG